UAGACACGUAACAGGGGAAUGGCCCAGUUGAUAACGCCCAACUGCUCCAUCGACACACUUGACUGGCGGUGUGCUGCGGUUACGUACAAGCCAAUAAUUAUCGCCAGCACCACAUAGGCCAUCAAUCUCAGUAGAAUGGACGACAAUAAUCAACACGAGCAGCAAAAGCAAACGGAUUUCAUGGCUCAAGUCGUCGGCAAGUAUCGACUAGUCGGACAAAUCAAUUACGAAGAAUUCCUCAGAGCCAUCGGGUUGAGCAUGGCCAAACGGGCCAUCGCCAUCAGUCAGGUGCCCCUGGUCGACUGUCGGAUCGACGACGACGGCCAAUGGAACGUCCAGGUGACGGGAAUCAGCAAAGAUUCCGAUUUCAAGUUCCGGCUCGGCGUCGAAAUGAAGCGGGUCACGAUAGACGGACGUCACGUCAAUGAUUUGUUCACCGUGGAAGAGGAAGGCGGCAAAAUGAAAUUAAUUCAAAAAGAAAUUUGGGGCAAUAACCGCAGCUGCGAGGCCGUCAUGGUGCACGAAUUUGACGGAGAUGAUUGGAACAUGACGAUGACGUUUGGUGACGUCACCUGCGUCCGCCACUUCCGGCGUGAGUGAAACUGAAAAUGGGUUGGGUGAUGAUCUCUUAUAUAAUAGAUGUUGUUGAAUUCUAAAUGUUUGAUUGUUUUCUGGCGGCAAUAAUAAUACACGAAUUAAUGUCGAGUCUA